AUGUCUAAACGAAAACAAAAACAAAAUGAAUCAGUUUCAUGUGAUACAGAAACAGAUUCUAGAAACUCUAGUAAUGCAAGAGCAGGACGCCCACCAACAGGUGUUUGGAAAUUCUUUGAAAAAGGUACAUCAAGAGGUGAUGGUCAUUGGGAAGCUAAUCACUGUAAAAAGGUUUCUGAAGAGUGGCGAUGUCAUUUUAAUUAUAUUUUAGUUAAUAAUUUAAAAGAUAUCCCAACCGAUGAACCUCUUUAUAGCAUGUCAAAUACUGUAUCACCUUUAGUUAAGCGAAAAAAAAUAGCCAAACAACCUGAUAUAACUAAUUGUCAAAUAAUUAUGCAAAAUCAAGUUAAUGGUGGUGGUCUUAAGACAUAUAUCGAGACAAGAUGGACAAGUGUAUAUGAAUGUAUUUUUUCAAUUGUGCGACUUAAAGCCUGUUUAGAAGAAAUUCAAGAAAAUCAUUCUGAAAUUAUAAGUCCUGUAAUUUUAACAAUUCUUCGUGGUCGAGAUUUUUUUACUGAUAUGCAAUAUCUUUCAGAAGUUUUACUUCCAAUAAGAAAUGCAAUUUUAGCGCAACUUUGCCAUAUUCAUACUACAGAAGUAAGUCCUGAAAUAAUGGCAAAUAUUGCAGAAAGUGUCUUUAAAGAGUUAGAGGAGGAAACAGUAUUGGAAGAAGAAGACAUUGAAUUGUCGAAUCCUACACAUUCUAGAACUAGCUAUGAAGACCUUGACAUAAAUGAGUCUGAUAAUAACGAUAUACAAGAAGAUAGAGAAAGUGAAUAUAAUGUAGAUGACAUCAUUGCUAGACAAUUGGAUUAUGAAUCGGAUCAUUAUAAUUCACAAUAA